AUGGCGAGCGAGGGGAAGGCCAAAUCUAACAAGCAGAUGACUAUCACGUUUACCCUGCCUAUUUCUUGUCAAAUUUGUUUGGGCAAGGUGAAGCAGCCAGUGCUGUGCCCCAAUCAUCAUGUUUUCUGCAGUCUGUGCCUGGAGAUUUGGCUCAAUAGAAAUCAGCAGUGUCCUGCCUGUAGAGUGGACAUUGGACCUGAUAAUCCUGUCAGACAUAUUAUAGGUAAUCAGCUAGAAGAGGAGAUUUCAGAGACUAGAAGCACACCUGAGUUUAGACGUGCCAGAUUUGAUCUCUUGUACAGAGAGUAUGAAGAUGAGCUGGAGAAGUUGCAGAAGGACAAUGUCAUUCUGAAAAUGCAGAACAGUAUUCUCACCAGUCAGCUCCAGGAUGCAGAGCACAAGAAUAUGGUUUCCGAAGACAAGAGGGGCUCGAUUUCAAGUGCUUCACCUCAAACACCUGAUGGUCUUAGGCUACUCCAGAUUAGCAGGAACUUGCAGGAGGUGCAGAAACUCUACCAAGGCAUCAGAGUUGAAAUGGCUGAGCUGAAACAGGAAAAUUGCAGAUUAAAAGAAGAGAGUGUGAACUUGACGAGGGAAAAUGAGAACCUUCGUUUAGAGAUUGCUCAGAGGUCACCCAAAAAAUUCGGCAGGUACACAGUUGCAACCCUAGAGACAAAGCUUGCAGAGCAAGAGAAAGAAAUUCGGCAGCUAAAGAAGGCAUUAGAGCGAAGUGAUGCUUACAUUGAGGAGCUGCAGCAGCAAGACAGACGUGGGCUGCCCAGAUAUGACACAGACACUCCAGGAGGCAAGGCCAGGUUCCACAUUAAUCUAGAACCAAAAGGAUUAGAAGCAGGGGCUCAUAGUUCUACAGAUGGUGGCGGGCCACGCAAAGUUCUCUUUGGCAAAGUGAUUCCUGAAGAAGCAGUUAAACCAGACACUAAAGCUAAUGUGUUUUCUACAUUAGGGUCUGAUAAAUCAUCUCAGAAGUACCACAGGAGCCUAGUAUUCAGCAAGAAUUGUGAGAACUUAGCGGGGGGUGAGUUUGAUUCCCUUCAUCUUCAGAAAAGUGCUGAUGUUAGAAAUGUACCUGAGACAUCUAGUCAUUCUGAAGCUGCUUAUAAAAAAUCACAUGAUCUUGAAGAAUCUAUUCAAGUUUCAAGUCAAGCAUCUCUACAGAGUCAGCCUGAUUUUGAAGAGACAGCCAAAGGAAUCAUCCCAGAUAAAACUAUGAAAAAGGUUCAUUUCAAAGAUUCUGAAAAGGCUAGUGAUACUGCAUCCUUUGACCUGGAGGUACCCAGUCCUAUUUCUUCAUUAAUUAGUGAGUCAUAUUCAUCAUUCAGCAAGGAUUUAUCAUCCCCAGGGCAAAAGUUGUCUCUGGAGGCUAAACCUUUUUCAGGGUACCACUGUCAAGUUAAAUUGGAAGCUCUGGAAGGAGAAGAGGAAUAUGGCAGAAGCUCUGCUGACAAUAAUGUUCUCUCUUCAAGAGAUCAGAAGGCUUUUAAAAAACCAAAACCAACAUUAAGGAAAAAUCGGAAAAUUCCUGUUGCUAAAAAGAUAAAACAGGAACCAGUGGAGGAAUCAAUGGAAGACAGCAGCCAUUUGAGUGUCCCAGAUAUAACUCCAACAGACACAGUAGAUAAUGUGAGCCACAUUGCUGAUUAUACAGAAACCAGCGAUGACUUUGACAUGUCCAUGACCCCAGAAAUGACAGACUGUCUUAGACUGUUUGACCAGGCAGAGAAGAAAGUCUCCUCCAUGGCUAGCACUUCUAGUGGAAUUGUUCCAAAACCAGAUUCUGUAGUAACCCAUGCCCACCAGACUCCAUGGUCAUCUGGUCCUCCAAACAGCUCAGCAUUCAUUCUGCAGUCAUCAUCGGGAAGUUUUCCCCCAGCAAAUAUCAAUAGUGGGCACAGAUUUGCUUCAACAGGCAACAACAUCAGGGGCUGGCAGCAGCAGUUUUACAACGCACUCAAAGUUAACCCUGACAGAGUCGGCACUGUCUACCAUCCUCCAGAUGUUGCAUUUGGGUCAAGUCACUAUCCUCGUAGCAAUGACCAUCUGGAAUCUGGAAACAAAAGUAAAAUGAAUUCUUUCAUGAACAAUAACCCCUCCAAGAAUGCAGCCAGCGCUAAGGAUUUUACAUUUAGUGAACCUCUUAGAGUGACCGCACCGUUCCUUGACCUCCCAGAUAGUGCCACAGGCAGAAAACAGUCCAGUCUGACCAACCCAUUCACCUCAGGCCUAAGCUUCCCAGGCCCAUCCACUUCCUCCUCUACAUUUCCGUCUUCUUUCACUUUCAUGACUCCGCCUGACAUUCGUAAAGACAGCUAUCAUCAUUCCUCAUCAACAUUAUCCUUGGUUGCACCCUCAGCUUUUUCACACACAAACUCAUAUGUUACUCACACUGGAAGACAAACCGGAUUAUAG